AUGUCUCAACCAGUCGCUCUCGUCCUCGGCGCCGGUCCCAGAGUCGGUGCAUCUGUUGCUGCCACAUUCGCAACCAAGGGAUAUCACGUCGCCAUCGCAUCCAGAAGCGGCACAGGCAAUAAGACGCCGGAAGGCUAUCUCUCGGUCAAGGCCGAUUUCGCCAGCCCCUCCUCCAUCCCUGGGGUGUUUAGCGCAGUCAAAGCCGCAUUCCACGCCGCACCAAGCGUCGUCGUCUACAACGCAGCAAGCCUGACUCCCCCGCCAGAUGCAAGCUCAGUCCUGUCCAUCCCAGUAGAGAGCGUCACGACCGAUCUCAACAUCAACACCGUAACCCCCUACGUCGCAGCCCAAGAGGCCGUCAAGGCAUGGGAGACCUUACCCGCCGAGGCAAAGAAAUCCUUCAUCUACACGGGCAAUCUGCUGAACGUGCAGAUCCCGCCUGUUCCGGUUUUCCUCAAUCUCGGCGUUGGCAAGUCCGCUUCUGCGUACUGGAUUGGGGCUGCAGAUGCUUUGUAUAAGGAGCGUGGUUAUCGCUUCUUCUACGCUGAUGAGCGUUCUGAGGAUGGAAGCUCGAGGGGCCAGGGCAUUGAUGGGCCUGCGCACGCGGAGUUCUUUGCCCAGCUGGCUGACCACAAGGAUGUUCCAUGGCAUGCGACGUUUGUCAAGGGGAAGGGAUAUGUUACGUUUGAGUAA